UUGACAGAGGGAGUAGGUGGGUUUUUGACGAGAUCGGGAAAAGACAGUGAGAUAAAAAUAGAAUUAUUGCACUUCACAAAUUAAUGACCAUGAGUUCAUAUUUGAUCAAUUCGAAUUACAUCGAGCCAUCUUUCCCGCCCUGCGAAGAAUACGAAGACAACGGCUACAUCUCCGUCUCUUCCGACUACUACGAGCGACCGAAAGAAUCAGGCUUCACCCAUCACGAAGGGGCAACAUUCCCGCGGGCAAACUACCAAGACUCGAGCUACGAUUAUGGUAACGUCUCAAACAACGGCCUCGUCGAUUUCAACGAUCGGCUUCACAUACAACCUCGCUCUGCUGCACAAAAUCAUGGGCCCCACUUGGGUACUGAAGGCUGCACAACGACAGAGAAGGAUUGCAGCCUUGCCACUGAAGCUCACUCUGACCCGCAGAAGGGAAAGGAGCCGGUAGUGUAUCCUUGGAUGAAAAAAGUGCACGUUAAUUCGAUGACCGCGAACUACACUGGAGGAGUGCCUAAGAGGUCUCGCACCGCCUACACUCGUCAGCAAGCUCUUGAGCUUGAGAAGGAGUUUCACUUUAACCGCUACCUGACCCGCCGUCGGCGCGUGGAGAUCGCACAUACAAUGUGUCUGUCAGAGCGACAGGUAAAAAUCUGGUUCCAGAACCGACGCAUGAAGUGGAAGAAAGACCACAAACUGCCUAAUACGAAGAUCCGUUCUAACACCUCUUCCUCCUCCAGCCAACAAGUGAAAACGGACGCCGUCCAGCAGCAGCAGACGUUACUUCCCACUCCAUGUUCAUUAAGUCUAUAAUAGAGGAAGAACAUUAGAAAUGAGCAAGGUGAGGGAAUACAGUGCAGCAUUUGGACUAACUCCACAGUGUUUUUUUUUUAUUAUUUAAUAUUGGAAUGGAUAGGGUGCGUUUCAGUCUGCCUCUCCAUUCAGAUCGAUCCAAUUAUCACCUCCCUUUACUUGGACGUUUUGACCUGGAGAAUCCACCCAUGUAACGGGUAGAUCACAUUCUUUCUUUUUUCUUUUCUGGAAUAAUGGAAGGGUUUAACAUGACAUUAUUGCUGUUGAUUAAAAUGUCCGCCAUUACAUUAGGAAACGUGAAUCUUACAUUUGGAUCAGAGUUAUGUUCAUUGAGAUAUGGUUGUAAUGCGCGUAGAAAAUGAAUUAAAGCACAAAUGUAGGAAUACAGAAACAAAAAAUUCUAAAAUGAAUUCGUAAACGUAAUCUUUGUUAGUUCCAUGUAUAUGUGUGUUGUGUUUAAUGUUAUUCAAGCUGUGAAUAAUCGUGUUCCUAGAUAUUUGUACAUCAGUGAAAUGCUGUAGCAUUUGAAUGAACUGUAUCGGUGAGAAAUAAUAAAUGCGUUUAUUGUCA